GCAAUAAUUCCCAGAAUUUCCCAAAAGAAACGAAAUUUCCCAUGCGAGGAGUCGUUAGAGGAGCGCAGGGUUGGCCGACCAAUUUAAAUCUGGUUCUCUGUAGUAAACUCCUUCUCUUCCCGCCUUCUGACACGCUGCACCAUCCCCGUUGCUGCUCUGCCCCCCUUCACGUUUACAGACAAUGCAGGAAACUCUUUGGAAAGUAAAGGUUUCUUUCUUAGUCAUCCUUCCUCUGUCAGAAAUAACCUAGAACCACGUUUCUCAACCUCGGAUUUAAGGUUUAAUUUAAUUUAUAUCCCAUUUUGUUUUAAUAAAUAACUCAAGGUGGGGAAUGCACAUAAUGCUCCUCUCUCCUUUUUUUCUCCACAACAAUCUUGUGAGGUAGGCUGGGUUGAGAGAAAGGCAGAGGUGGGUUUCAGCAAGUUCUGACCAGUUCUGGAGAACCGGUAACGGCAAUUUUGAAUAGUUCAGAGAACCGUAAAAACUCUGACUGGCCCCACCCCCAUCUAUUCUCUGCCUCCCAAGUCCCAGCUGAUUGGGAGGGAAUAGAGAUUUUGCAGUAUCCUUCCCCCAGACUGGGGUGGGAAUGGAGAUUUUACAGUAUCCUUCCCCUGCCACGCCCACCAAGCCACGCCCACAGAACCAGUAGUAAAAAAAUUUGAAACCCAUCACUGGAGAGAGGGACUGGCCCAAGGUCACACUGCUGGCUUUCAUGACACUAAUUGGCUUUCGUGGAACUAAAACUCAACAGUCUUAAUGGUUUCUAGCUUGAUACCUUAACCACUUGACCAGACUGGUUCUCAAACUGGUUUGUGGACUUUUAUUUCCUAAAUACCUAUGUUUGCUGGGAAAUCCUGAAAGUUGAAAUCUAUGCAUCUUAAAGUUGCUGAAGUUUUGAGAAACGUUGCUCUAGGGGUAGAGCUUGCAUUGCUGCCCUGCAAAAAUCCAAAAGAUCUCCUGGGCUGCUGAUUUCAUCAGACAUAAAAGAAUGAUUGAAAAAGGGGACCCUGACCUAGGAAAUUGCAAGAAGAAAGUCAGAGGUUUCUCGCUACCCACCUCUCAUCCCCUGUUGCUUCCCAGUGUGAGCAGGAGUAAUAGCACAGGGUUGAGAUUUCUGGGGCUCUCAGAGAGAGUCAGAAAAGAAACCAGCACAGAACCCGGAAGGCUGAAUUCAGCUACCAGCUCCAAACUGGACAACGUGACUGACCUGGGGGAGGUCCACCACAGAGCCAAACGCUGUACUUGCUACACCUACAAAGAUAAAGAGUGUGUUUACUACUGCCACCUGGAUAUCAUCUGGAUCAACACCCCAGAGAAAACUGUUCCAUAUGGGUUGGCUAAUUACAGGGGAAAUUUCCGGGUCAAAAGGUCCACAGAGCAGCUCCACAAGAACUUGCAUUCAGCAGAAAGAUCUCCAUUACGCUGCUCUUGCACAGAUCAACGUGACAAGUUGUGCAUGCAGUUUUGCACAUGGAGUGUCCAAUGCAGUCAUCUGAAGCCAAUGAAUCACCCAGCAGGAAGACCUCUCCUUCAAGAAGAAAAGCGUGUUCUUACCCAGUAACUUGGAAAAAUUCCACUGGUUUGAACUGGAGAGUUGAGCGCAAAACCCUGGAAACCUCACAGGAAUUAUGAACAGUUCCUGAAUUGGAAGGGUAGAACAUGGUACCAACCAGUGACUUAAGCCCCUGCCUUCUCUGAAGAAGGGUAUCUGGAAGCUAAAGCCUGGGAUGAUCGAUUGAGGGAACUAGGUAUGUGUAGUCUAAUAAAGAGAAGGACUAGGGGUGAUAUGAUAGCAGUGUUCCAAUACUUGUGGGGCUGUCACAGAAAAGAGGGGGGGGGUGUCAACCUAUUCUCCAAAGUCCAGAUGCAAGACAAGAAUUAAUGAGGGGGGGAUGUUAAUUAAAAAAGAGAUCCAAAACUAGAAAUAAGGAUAAAUUUCUUGACAUUGAGAAUGAUUAAUCAGUGGAUUGGCUUAUCUCUGGAAACUGUGGGUGCUCCAUCACUGGAGGCUUUCAAGAAGAAACUGGACAGCCAUUUGUCUGGAAUGGUAUAGGGUUUCCUGCCUGAGCAAGCGGUUGGACUCUAGAUCAAUCCCCUGCUCAAAGCCUCCAAGGACCCUUCCAAUCCUUCUGUGUUCUAUGUUCUAAAAACCAUCAAGGUGUGAUUGAAUGAAAAGCCAUCACAAUUCCAACCUUCUGCACAGUGUGAAAGACCAGGGCUUGAAAGCUGGUGAAAUGCUGUUUCCAAUCAUGGGGUGAGACCCAGGAAACAGGAAUUGUUGUCAUGGGAAAAUGAACAACCCUAAGUAUAAAAUCAGAAGAGUAGUGAUUUAUGGUGUAUGGCAGCUCAGUUGGGAAGACAAAUGAUCCAGCUGCUGACAAAGUCAACAGAAUGGAAUCACAGAAGUAUGGAGCAAGUUAAAGAAGUGCUGAAAUUCUGCCUUUGGGGCUGACUUGUUUCAGGAAAAAAACAAUGUGUCUCUUGGGUGAAUGUCACACAUAUUUAAAAUUUAAAUACUAUCCUCUACACACAUUCUUGAAAAAAAGGAAAUAUGUUUUUUAAUGUCUGCUGCUAUAAUCUAAUGCUUCAUGGCAGGUAUAUUUUAUUUCACAGGCCUCGGUACUAGAUCAGAAGUGAACAGGAGGCUUCCUGUUUGAUCUCACUUUUAAUGUUUUUAAAAUAUUGUUUAAAUGAAAAGGAAUUUGAAUUUGGUUCCUGCUUUUGUCUGAAUCAAACAUGCAUUUUUGAAGGAUACAAUAAAGUUUUGCUAUAUUACAUUUCUGUAUAAAUAACAUUUGCUAUGCUUUAGUAUAAAUAGCAUGUGCUCUGUGUUAGUAUAAAUCACAGUCUUCAGAAAGACUUUUAAGAAUGAAUUAGCUCCAGUUCUGUUAUUCUCAUCAAACUAUUUAUUAAAUAAAAGGAAACCAAAAUGA